AUGGCGAAACUGACCGUCACUCUUAUCCCAUGGGAUCCAAACUCCCCUGAACAUGUGAGGCGCAUGGUUGAGCAGCGCAUAAUUUGUGGCUGGCAAGCGUCAACUGUCCCGACUGAGUGGGAAAAUGGACAUAUCAACGGGACGAAAUGCGUUUACUGGAUUGAGACAGAAGAACUCCUCGACUCGAGCAAGACGCUGCUCGGAAAACCACGCGUUCCCACUGGCGCAAAGUUCAUUCCGGUUGGGCACGUCGCUCUUGACACCCAUAUCUCAGACUAUGCAGAAAAGCUUGAACUAGAGUUCCCCAAAUCUGACGCAUACUGGGUCAAGAGUCUUUACGUAUCUUACAGACUUCAAGGCCUUGGUGUCGGCGGAGCUGCUAUGAAAAUCGCUGAACGUGUGGCCACGGAGGAGCCCCUCAACGCUAGACAUCUCCUAUUAGACACGGUGCACCAAGAAGAUCAGGCGAAUGAGGAAUUCGCUAUAGCUGUCUAUGGAGGAGCUUUCAAGAUUCCCACUCAGGCCUGCAAUGUCCACAUCGUCUCGAUCUCCCAGGAUUUCGGGUGUGAGAAAAACACAGAACAAGAAGUUAUUGGCAUGCCUGACAUGUCGGAAGAAGAAGGUCAAAUGCUCCGGGACCGUGCCUUCCACGUUGAAGAUCUCGAGAAUCGCCUCGCUCAGUAUGAAGGACGGAAUCAUGACAUGGGAGACUGGGCCCCCGAUGCUAUUGAUGUUCGAAGUCCUUUCUCUACUGGUCAAGAUGCUCAACAGCCGCGAGACACACCGGCCGUUGCGCCCUCACCGAUUCCAAAAUCUACGACCAGACCGACGACCUCGAUACCAUUGACCGGCCGGUCAAUAGAAACCGACUCGUCGUUGAGCUCGAGCGCUACCUUUGGCUUCAGGGUUCAAAACCUGCUCAGUAAUGCUCGACAUAGACGCGAUAUUCCACACCCUACCACUCACGUCUCCAACAGUAACAACUUGUCUCCAAGACAGGCCUACAUCACAUAUCAAGGCUUUCUACCCCUUCUGCCUAGCGAAGCGGAAGCCUAUCAUCUCCUAGAGGUUGUCAGCCUGUACAUUGGUCAGAGUCAAAGUCACUUUGACGCGCGAGAGGUUUCCGACAAUAUUGAGCUCUACUAUACGGAUCCAGAAGGCCAGCUCCCGCCGACACCAUGGUUUUUGCGGAUGAGCAUCAUGUUUGCAUUGGGAAUGCUACUUUCCGGCGAAAACGUAGGGAGCAAUGGCGAUCACAAUUUAGGAGGUAAUUUGUUUGAGUUCGUCCAUGCACAAUUGCCAACACCUAGCGAGCAAUAUGCUCAAGGGAGGGUUGCAAUUGAGACAUUGACGUUGCUCGGGGUUUACCUACAAGCCAUGAACCGAAAGGAAGAAGCAUAUAUAUAUACCAGCAUAGCCUUGCGGCUCGCAGUCACACAUGGUUACCAUCGUCCUCUGGAGGGGACCCAAAUAUUGCGCUCGGAAAAAGCCCACAUUGGUAGGCUAUGGUGGACAAUUUACAUGCAAGAAAGGCGGUUGGCAGCGGCGACAGGCCACCCAUAUGGUAUUGAUGACGCUUUCAUCGUGCUAGAGUAUCCCACCGACCAGCCGGGGUUCAGCUCCACUCAGCCAAUACGCACAAAUGCUCGAAUCGCGAGAGUCACAAGCCGCAUCCUCAUAGACCUCUAUAGCCGCAAACGUCAGAACCAAGGCUCUUUCGUGCAUGAUGUCAAAGAGAUCAUUAGAUGUCUGCAUGAUAUUUCGAGCGAGAUACCAGAGAAUCUAGCAACGGUAGCUCAUGGACCAAAUGCGAAUGUUUCUGUGAGAACAACUGCCUCUCUUCAGCUCAUGCUAUACCAAGAUCGAGUUCUGGCCUGGAGCAACUGGGGAACUCUUCCUAUCUUUGGGUUCUUUGACUGCGAUGCCAUUUUUUCUGCGACUUUUGUCUUGAUUCUCACAGCUGUGUUUGACUCUGCUUGUGAAGACAAGGACAAGCUCAAUCCAUCGCCUGGAUUGGCUGAUGCAAUGGAGAGUCUUCAGUAUCUGGCCGACAACCACAAUACCACCGCCGUUGAACGACUCCAAGAGAUCCAUGAGAUUUUGCAUCAUUUGCCGGAAAAUUUACGAACAAAUGAGGGUACAACUGUCCCCUCGGGCUAUCGCUCACAAUCUGCGCAUAUCAAUGUACGCCAGGUCGCUGAUAAUGCAACAGAACCAGUGGUAGAUCCAGGUCUGUCGAGACCUGAUAUCGACCUGAAUGGUGUUGAACAAGAUAAUUUAAGCUUGGAGCAAGAGCCGUCAAACUUCAACGACAUGUCACAAGUCUGGAUACCCUCAGCAGUUAAUGCAAGCACUGUGCCAAACGACGACCUAAUCCCUAUGGAUACACCAUUGGAUGAGUAUUAUGGCUAUUUUCAGUCUCUGUUGGAUAACUCUGAUUGGUAUCUCACAGGGCAAGAUGUUGGAGACUUGGCGGAAUUUGGGAGACAUGUUGUUAACUUUAGUAGAUCUGAAUAG